AGAAAUCCAGAAGUGUGAAAAAGGUCCAUAUAUUGCAUUCUCCCUCUGACAAAAGUAGCACGUUUUUGAAAAGGCAACAAAAGCUCGCAACGAACUCAUGAAUGCCCACGUGCUCCGUUCCGCCGCCGUUCACGCGCGUGCACGCACUCCGCUUCCCGUUCUUCAAGAUGGCGGCCACCAUGAAGAAAGGAGUGGCAGCUGAAGAUGUCAAUGUAACAUUUGAGGACCAGCAAAAGAUCAACAAGUUUGCCAGGAAUACAAAUCGGAUGUCUGAACUUAAAGAUGAAAUCGAGGCCAAAAAGAAAUCCUUACAGAAUCUGGAGGAUGCCAGUGACGACCUCAUGAUGUGUGAGGACGAUGCACUGCUGAUCCCGUAUCAGAUCGGAGACGUGUUCAUCAGUCACUCUCAAGAAGAGACGCAGGAAAUGCUGGAGGCUGCGAAGGAAGCUCUGCAGGAUGAGAUCAAAGCUCUGGAGGGCCGUGUGUCAUCCAUACAGGGGCUGCUUGGAGAUUUGAAGGUUCAGUUAUAUGCCAAGUUUGGAAACAACAUCAAUCUAGAGGCAGAUGAGAGCUGAGACCUCAAACAUGUGGACUUGACCUCACAGACUGUCAGUCUCCAAUAGGAAAUGGCAUUUCUACUCUGACAACAAGUUCUCGCCCUGUUUACUCUGAUGUUUGUUGCAUUUCACAUGUCGUUAUGUUUAGUGAAUUGUUUGAGCUGUUGCAUACAGGUGGUUUAAAGCAUCCAGCAAGAGAAUGAGAGGCACUGAUGUAAAAAUAAAAAAAGCUAAAUAUUUA